CAUCAGUAAAGAAUGAAAGGUUUGUUACGAAUCCUGCUGCUGUUGGAAACCUUUGUGUUUGUGGUACAGCAGCAUGUAGAUGGAGGAGUCAGUGGGAAUGAGAUCAGUCAACAGCUCAGCAAUGAGGACAGAAGACAGAAUCCACCUCAAACAGAUGCUCUGAGAGAUGAAGCUUCAACUGACAGCCAACGAAACUACCCCGUGUGCUAUCCUGACAUCUAUGCAGCACUGACAGAACUGACGGUGACAGUUACAGAGCAGAAAGCCAACAUCAGAGCCUUAGAGACGCGACUGAAGGAUGCUGAGGAAGCUGUAGAACAACAAACGGUCUUCCUGAAAGAGCUGAACAAGACAAUUAAUGACAGAGAGAUAGCAUUUUCAACUGCACUGUUGGAAACUAGCACUCAAAAUGUUGGUCCUUAUACCACUGACAUCACACUGAACUACAAGGUGGUCUUCACAAAUGUGGGUAAUGCAUACAAUCCAAAUACAGGUAUUUUCACAGCCCCACUGAAAGGAGUGUAUGUGUUCCAAAUCUCUGUGUACGGUGAAGGACAUCCAUCAUAUCCAUCAAGUGUCUACCUUAUAAAGAAUGGACAGCGGGUGGUUAUGGUACAUGGUCAACAGGCUAGCUAUGCUGUGACCGCCUCAAAAGGAGUUGUGUUGAUCCUGGAGGUUGGAGAUGUUGUCUUUGUGAGACUUUGGGCUGGCAGCAGGCUCCAGGAUAAUAAAAAUUACCACAACACUUUCAGUGGUUACCUACUGUUUCCCCUCGGAGAGUCGAAGAAUGUGAUUUGGUGAAAUGUGAAAACGGCGUAUGAUUUAAGAUGAAAGCAUGAUGAAUCAUUAACAUAUGAACCUUGUGAGAUUGUAAUAAUCUUGACCUCCUGUGCCCCUCUCAUACUAACCUGAAAAGCAGACAUGACAUAAGUCUAGUCUAGAGAAUCAUAAAACAUGGUGUACUGUUGUACUUUCUUAUAAGGAUGUGAUGUUUGAACUUUCUGUAUUUCUGCUGACAACUAAUAUUUUAUUUUCUCUAUAUUCACCAUAUAAAUAUUGGAGGCUUCU